AACAGAAAAGAAAACAGACAGAACCCAUCCCUCACCUCUUCCCAAGCUUCUACCAGAGCAUUUCCUUGGCUGCCAGUGCAAAGCUUGUCCCCAAGGCAUACAGGUCGCCGUGAGGGACUCAGAGAAGCAGAGCACAGGGCUCUAGGCACAAGGCUGGAAUCUGCAGCUGGUACAGGAGGGAGCAUGACAGGCCAGCGGGCGCUGCUGCUAGCUGGCUUUCUUCUGUCUGGGUUCCUGAUCCCAGAGGCCGCCAAAAUUCUGACUGUAUCCUCACUGGGUGGAAGCCAUUAUCUACUGCUGGACCGGGUAUCUCAGAUUCUUCAAGAUCAUGGUCAUAAUGUCACCAUGCUUCUUUAUGGAGGAGAUUAUUUAAUCCUAAAAAAGAAGGAAAAUACAUACCAAGUUAUCAGUUGGCUUCUACCUGAGGAUCAUGAAAAAGAAUUAAAGGAACAUUUUGAUUCCUAUAUGAAGGAAGCUUUGCAUGGCAGGGAAGCAUUUGGCACCUUUGUAAAGUUAAUGGAACAAUUGGGGAUUCAAUGCAGUGAUUUGCUAAGGAGAAGUGAUAUCAUGGAUUCUUUAAAAAAUGAGAACUUUGACCUGGUAUUUGUUGAAGCAUUUGACUUCUGUUCUUUCCUCAUUGCUGAGAAGCUUGUGAAGCCAUUUGUGUCAAUUCUUCCCUCCCCAUUUGGCAGUGUGGACCUUGGGCUACCAAACCCGGUGUCUUAUGUUCCGGUAUUCCAUUCCUUGCUAACCGACCGCAUGGACUUCUGGGGCAGAGUGAGGAAUUUUCUGAUGUUCUUGGAUUUCUUCUUAAGGCAAUGGCGAAUCCAGUCUACAUUUGAUAACACCAUCAAGGAACAUUUCCCAGAAGACUCUAGACCAGUUUUGUCUCAUCUUCUAAGGAAAGCAGAGCUAUGGUUUGUUAACUCUGACUUUGCCCUUGAAUUUGCUAGGCCCCUGCUUCCCAACACUGUGUAUAUUGGAGGCUUAAUGGUCAGACCUGUUAAACCAGUACCACAAGAAUUUGAGAAUUUCAUCAGCAAGUUUGGAGACUCUGGUUUUGUUCUUGUGGCCAUGGGCUCCAUGGUGGGCACCUAUCAGUCCCAGGAAGUUCUCAUGGAGAUGAACAGUGCCUUUGCUCGUCUCUCCCAAGGGGUGAUUUGGAACUGUAAGCCUUCUAAGUGGCCCAAAGACGUCAAAUUGGCAGCAAAUGUGAAAAUCGUGGACUGGCUUCCUCAGAAUGACCUCUUAGCUCACCCACGCAUCCGUCUUUUUGUCACCCAUGGUGGGUUGAAUAGCAUAAUGGAGGCCAUCCAACAUGGUGUGCCCAUCGUGGGGAUUCCAGUCCUUGGAGACCAUCCUGAAAACAUGGUCCGAGUAGAAGCCAAGAAGUUUGGUGUCUCUAUCCAGUUAAAGCAGAUCAAGGCAGAGACAUUGGCUCUGAAGAUAAAGGAAGUCAUAGAAGACAAGAGGUACAAGUCAGCAGCAGUGGCCGCCAGCAUCAUCAGGCGCUCCCACCCCCUGACCCCUGCCCAGAGGCUGGUGGGCUGGAUCGACCACAUCCUCCAGACAGGGGGUGCGGCCCACCUCAAGCCCCAUGCCCUGCAGCAGCCGUGGCAUGAGCAAUACCUGCUGGAUGUCUUCUUGUUCCUGCUGGUGGUCACCCUGGGCACCCUGUGGCUCUGCGGGAAGCUGCUGGGCAUGGUGGCCAGGUGGCUGUGUGGGGCCAGGAAGCUGAAGAAGGCCUGAUGGGGGGGCAUCCUUGAUGGGUAUUUGAGAAGCCACUGGUUCUACAGAGUCUCCAACCACACAGGACACCCUUACUGUUCCUCGUAUUCCACCUGACGGUGGCACAUAAAUUGCUCUUCACUUCUGUCUGUGUUUAAAAAUUCUUGUGAAACAUUCUUGGGAUUCUUCUUUAAAUUGUAGUAAAAUAUAUAUUCUAUAAAAUUUGCCAUUCUAACCA